AUGUCAACGCAGGUUGAUUUUCUUUCCGGUGCUCAGUUAAGAGUAAACGUGGUUGGAAAUGCACUAGAUAUAUCAGUGACGGCUCCUGACCAAGAUUUUGGAGCUACUCGAGGUUUGUGUGGAACGUUUGACCACAACAGAGGUAACGAUCUCCGACACAAAGAUGGUAAAGUUGAUUCUUUCCAACUAACAGGCACAGUUGCUACUAGUUUUGCUGAGAGUUGGAGGAUUGCAGCAGGACAUGACCUAAUUACACUAAAAGACAAAAUACCAGUUGUUCCAAAAAACAACAUGGAUGUAUACUAUUGUAAUUGCAAGCAAGGCACGAAUGCAAUUGAAUGCGAUUUCAACACUCACAGUGUUCCUGUGGUACAUACUUAUCUAAACGGUGGCGUAACGAUUGGCCGGAAAAGAAAAACCACGCUUAAAAGAGGAAAAGGUUUAAAGAUUAAAUAAGUUAAGUUGUGGAAAAGG